GUACGUAUAACGUCAUGUACGUAUGGAAGGGAUGCUGUGACGAAUUUUAGCAUAAAUACCAUGUAUCUGGUCUCCAUAAUCACCAGUUCAUUUCUGUACACAGUCAUCUACUACUUUGACCAAACAACAAAAAAAACACUAAAAUGGCCGCUAAAUUCAUCAUCCUCGCCGCUUGCGUGGCUACCGCACUCGCCCAAUACGCCGCACCCGCUUACAAGCCAGCGUACUCAGCGCCCGCUUACCCAGCACCAAAGGCCUACGCCCCAGAGCCCGCAUACGCCCCAGCCCCAUACAACUUCGAAUACAGCGUAAACGACCCACACACCUACGAUGUCAAGAGCCAAUCCGAAUACGCUGACGGCAACGGUUACGUCAAGGGAUCCUACAGCCUUUUGGAAGCCGACGGUUCCACCCGUACCGUUGAAUACACCGCUGACGACUACAACGGUUUCAACGCCGUCGUCAAAAACUCUGCUCCAUCUGCUGCCUACAAGCCAGCUUACUCUGCACCAGCAUACUCUGCACCAGCCUACGCUGCACCAGCAUACUCUGCACCAGCCUACGCUGCACCAGCUUACUCUGCACCGGCCUACAAGCCAGCUUACAAACCAGCAUACUAAUUUAUUUAGUCGUGUGGACCAACUCUCUUCAUCAUCUUUUUUUCAUGUCUUCUUCGUGUACCUCUCUGGGCCAUCGCGUUCAUAUUGAACCGUGGUUUCAAAGUCAUACUAAUAUACUAUGCCGUAUUAAUAUAUAAGACAAUUGGUACGACUUAUGUAUAUUUUAUUGUGUAAAUAUAUAUAACAAUGUGUAUUUAUUGAA